CUCUCACACAAAGGAGAUUUCAUUUUGUUUGAGACUGGAUGUAAUUGAAACCAAAGCACACACCAGCGAAGGGGUAUGAUGGCUAAGAAGCCCCCCAAACCAGCCCCUCGCAGAAUCUUCCAGGAAAGGUUAAAGAUUACUGCUCUACCCCUGUACUUUGAAGGUUUUUUAUUUGUCAAGAGGUCAGAAUACCAGGAAUACAAACAUUAUUGGACAGAGUUGCGAGGAACCACACUAUUCUUUUAUGCCGACAAAAAAAGUACAAUAUAUGUUGAAAAGUUGGAUAUAAUUGACCUCACACGCCUUACUGAACAGACUUCAACGGAAAAGAAUUGUGCAAAAUUCACCCUUAUUUUGCCAAAAGAGGAAGUGCAACUGAAGACAGAGAACACGGAAAGUGGGGAAGAAUGGAGAGGCUUCAUUCUUACAGUAACAGAGCUGUCAGUUCCCCAACAUGUGUCACUAUUACCUGGACAAGUGAUUAGACUGCAUGAAGUGCUGGAGAAAGAAAAGAAAAGAAGGAUUGAGACAGAGCUGCUACCGAAUAUACCUGUGGAAAAAGAGAUGGAACCAACUGAGGAUUAUGUGGAUGUUCUGAACCCUAUGCCAGCAUGUUUUUAUACUGUCUCCCGGAAAGAAGCCACUGAAAUGCUCAAGAAGAACCCUUCACUGGGAAAUAUGAUCCUGAGGCCUGGUAGUGACAGUAGAAACUACUCCAUCACAAUCCGGCAGGAGAUAGACAUGCCAAGAAUCAAGCAUUAUAAAGUGAUGAGCGUAGGACAAAACUACACUAUUGAACUGGAAAAACCUGUAACACUUCCAAACCUUUUUAGUGUCAUUGAUUACUUUGUGAAGGAGACUCGAGGAAAUUUAAGACCAUUUAUAUAUUCAUCUGAUGAAAACCCUGGCCAAGAAUCCAACAUAGAAGGGUGAAGCGAGAAAAUGGAGAAAAAUCUACACAUUGCAUGAAAUAAAUAUAAAAACCUUCAUGUAUCUUGGAAACCUAAGUGAGAUUUCACUUUGAAAGAAAAUUACCUCUACUCUCCUGAAUCUGAUUACUGAGGCGCUCACUUAGACAAGAGAAUUCUACAUCGUAGCAUAUGAUUUUUUUUUUUAAAUCAGAAUAAAACUAAUUCACUGGGAAACUGUAGACUAUGGCUGUGAAGAUAACUUAUAUAUAUAUACAUUCUCAUGUACGAAGGUGAAAAUAUUUUAUAUAUACAUAUAUAUAUACAUACACACACACAUACUAUGUGUGUGAAAAUAGACUCUAUACUUUUUCUAUCCUUUUAAUUUUUUAACCAAAAAAUUAUUUUAUUUUAAUGGAUAUAGGGCACAUACGUUUGCCAGAUAGAUAAACUACCCCUCAAUAGGGAGUGAUCAUGAUGCAAUACCUUCUAUUUCUGCAUCACGUUGAGAUUUUGUGCACACAUGCACUGGGCAUGUUUUUCAAGCUACUAGGCUGGGAUGUAAACUGUGAUUGGUCAUGUGGGAUCUAGCUCUCUUAACCACCAGGCUAGAGGGCCAACUCUAAAAUGUAUUCAUUUCCUUAGAGAGAGAAAUAGGAGGAGGGAGGAGGGGAAAGAGACAGAAGAACAAGCAUCCUGGACAGGGUCUUCCUAUUGCCAUCUUCCCUCUGCCUGUAGCCAGUCAGAUCAAGGGUACACCUGGCAUGUUCAAGUAGACCUAGGAAGUGAACCUGAAACCUUCCCACAUGGCUCCAGCAUUGCAUAGCAGUGCUCUUACUGUUUGCACCAUAUAUAUAUAUUUUUUUUUUUGAGAGGUUUUUGUUACAGGUCACGUGCACUCGCCAGAGACACAGAGAGAUAGAGAGAUAGAAAGCGAGAAAUCACCCCCCAGGGGG